AUGUUACAGGAUGUGAUACGAGCACUCGAUAUAACCUCAAAAAUGACAGUCACGCAAGAGGAAUUUUCUAAAUAUAUUGCAAUUCUCAUUAUGAAUACGUACUGGUAUGCUUUUGACUAGACUUCUGACCGUGUAAAAAUGGCGUGAACAUGUGUUCACGGUUCUCGAUGGCGAUCUGAUUGGAUUUGACGUCCGACCUGUCAAGCGAGACCCGCUCUGGCAUUACGUGCCGAUUAGGAUUACAAUUUUUGCAUCAAUUAUCCUUAAUCAGAGUAUAUUAUAAUAUGGCGAUCUGUGGUGAAUAUAUCCGUAGUCAAUUUCCGACGAUAGAUGACGAUCUGUAUCAAUAUGUGGAAAGUAUCCUGGACAGUUCCAAGGACGACUUCGAGGACGGCGACGAAGUGUAUGAGGCGAUAGGCGAGGUAUUACAUGAGGUGGCGGACAAGUCAGAAAUCGAGACAAAUAUGCGUGAAAUUAUUAGAGUUGUUAAAAGGUAGUACCAAUGACGAUAACAUAGAAAGGAGAAAAAACGGUGUUAAUAAAGUAUUGAAUGCUCCAGUACAUUUGGGUGCUCUGGCUGCUACCUUAGAGGCUCAAGUUGAACAAAUUAAGAGUAUAUGGGUCACAACUAGAGACGAUGCAAUGAAAGUAGAUGCUAAGAAGUUAGAGAAAGCUGAGGCUAAAUUGCAACAAAAACAAGAGAAACGAAUUGUAAAUGAGCAAGGGUCUGCUGGACGUAUUAAUACUGCCAAUAAUGUGUCUGAAUCAAGUGCUAGUGCCAGCCAAAUGACAAGUAAAAAGGACAGUCGAAUGGAAACUAAAGGCAAUGUCAAUAAAACUCAAGAUAUCAGAAUAGAGAAUUUUGAUGUCGCAUAUGGUGAUAGAGUAUUGCUGCGUGGUGCUGACUUAAUGCUUGCAUUUGGUAGACGAUAUGGUCUAAUAGGUAGAAACGGACUCGGCAAGACUACGUUACUUCGAAUGAUAUCUAGCAAACAACUGAGAAUACCAUCACACGUGCGAGUGUUGCACGUCGAGCAAGAGGUGGCCGGUGACGAUACGUCCGCGUUGGAAUCUGUAUUAGAGUGCGAUCAGGAACGUAGUACAUUACUCAGUCAAGAGACCAAGUUACAAACGAUGAUAGAGAAGGAAAACGGUUCGAAAACGGCAGAUACAUUAGGCGAAGAAUUGACUCGGGUGUACGAGGCGAUGCAAUUGGCCGAGGUCGACAAGGCUCCUGGCAAAGCAAGCGCAAUCCUGUCAGGACUCGGAUUUCCUGUGGAAAGGCAGUCUUGGCCGACCAAAGCUUUCUCCGGCGGUUGGCGUAUGAGAUUGGCCCUUGCCAGAGCUUUGUUCUCCAAACCGGAUUUGUUACUACUUGACGAACCGACGAACAUGCUGGACAUCAAGGCAAUACUUUGGUUAGAAAAGUACCUACAAACGUGGCCAAACACGUUACUCGUAGUGUCGCACGAUCGAAAGUUUUUGGAUACGGUACCGACCGAUAUUCUGUAUUUGCGCGGGCAGAAAAUAGAGGCAUAUCGCGGCAAUUACGAGCAAUUUGUGAAAACGAAAGGUGAACGUGAAAGAAAUCAACAACGAGAAUACGAGGCUCAACAGGCAAAGAGAGCGCACGUACAGGAAUUCAUCGACAAAUUCCGCUACAAUGCGAAUCGUGCCGCCAGUGUACAAAGCAAGAUUAAAAUGUUGGAGAAGUUGCCCGACUUGAAGCCGGUCGACAAAGAAAACGAAGUGACCCUGAAUUUCCCCAAUGUGGAGCCAUUGAGUCCCCCCAUAUUGCAACUCGACGAGGUCUCUUUCAGUUACAACGGAGGGGUCGACGUAAUAUUUAGUAACGUAAACCUUACCGCCAACUUACAAUCGCGUAUCUGCAUCGUCGGUGAAAACGGGACGGGUAAGACCACCCUCUUAAAAAUCAUCACAGGCACGUUGAAUCCGACACGCGGCACGGUGCACGUUCAUCGCAAUCUGAAGUUCGGAUACUUCAGUCAGCAUCACGUUGAUCAACUAGACAUGCGUAUUUGUCCCGUUGAACUAUUGCAAAGGCAUUUUCCCGGAAAACCGAUCGAAGAGUAUAGACGGAUGCUCGGAAGCUUCGGAAUAAGCGGCAAUUUAGCUCUACAAACCAUCAAUUCUCUUUCGGGAGGACAAAAAUCCAGAGUAGCGUUUGCCUUGAUGUGCGCCGCAAUGCCGAAUUUCCUAGUGCUCGAUGAGCCCACGAAUCAUCUUGAUAUCGAGUCAAUCGAAGCGCUGGGUAAAGCUCUCAAUAAAUGCCAGGCUGGUGUAAUCUUAGUGUCUCACGAUGAACGUUUGAUUCGAAUGGUUUGUACAGAACUGUGGGUAUGUGGAGGAGGAUCCGUUCGAUGUAUCGAAGAAGGUUUCGACGAAUAUCGCAGAAUUAUCGAAAGAGAGCUUGAAUUAUAAAAAUUUGAUUUUUUAAAUGUGAUAUUGUCAUCUUUCGUUAUCUUCUAUCGAGUAAUACAUUGUUAUAAAAUUUUAGAAAAGCUCCAUUGUUUCAAUUAAUAUCAUAAUGCAACUAUUAUCUAUUUUAUCAUAAAUAUUUACUUUUCUUUCGAAAUAUUUCAUCGCCAAAGGUAUCUUAUUUAUUUCUUAGAUGCUUUUUUGUGAAAUAUAUUAAAACAUUAGCGAUUAUUAAUUGUAUAUGUACGUUUUAUUUAUCAAAUUAACAAAUAUCUGGUAAUUAUAAAAUGCAAGUUUUAGCAUUGCGCGACUUUACUAUAAUAAAUUAUUUAUUUUUCCCUCAAGAACUUUAAAUUAACAUGCUAUAAUUUGACUGUGAAUUCAAGUAGAUUGGACGAUCGAGCAUGGAAAUUUUCAUAUUUAAUACUAUAAUCUAUUACGAAGAAAAGUAAUAAAAAAUAUUGUUGUUAGAUAAA